AUGGAUGACAUUACUGAUCAACGAAAUUGCAUGAUACUGCAAGUACCUUAUUUUAUUGUGUAUGUUACACCAGAAAAAUUUUUCCUGGGAAAGUAUGGCACUUCAGAUGGGCUGAUAGCAAUAGACCGAGUCACUCAAGAACUGAAAUUUUCAGUUCAUAAAAUUGAAGUACCACCUUGUGCUCAGCAUAAGGUCAUUUUUGGGGUGAUUGGAACGAUUAAAUUAAUAGCUGGAAACUAUUUAGUUGUAGUAACUGGUAGAAAGAAAAUAGGUACUAUUAAUGGUCAAACAAUUUGGACUGUUACAAACACUGAAGUAUUGUCGUAUACUAAAACUAAUUUACAUUUAAAUGAAAAGCAGAUUACUCACAAUGGAACCUACUUAAAUAUGAUUAAAUUUGUCUUAUCUACUCCUUAUUUAUAUUUUUCAUAUUCUUAUGAUUUGACAAAUACUCUGCAAAGACUACAACAUGCUAAUCCAAAAUUUAAGAAGGUUCCUCUUUAUGAAAGAGCUGAUCCAAGAUUUUUGUGGAAUAAGCAUUUAUUAAGAGAAUUUUCUCAUUAUGAAGAAUUUUCAAAAUAUUGUCUUUCUUUACUGCAUGGUUUUGUAUCUAUUAACCAUUGCACUAUCAAUGGUAACAGUUUUAAGUGGAUUUUAAUAUCACGUAGAUCUGUUUACAGAGCAGGUGCCAGGUUGUUUUCCAGAGGAGUAGACAAGGAUGGGAAUGUUUCUAAUUAUGUAGAGACGGAGCAAAUUGUGGAAUUUAAUCAUUGUAAGGGUUCAUUUGUUCAGACGAGGGGUUCAAUACCUUUAUUUUGGCAUCAACUUCCUACUCUUAAAUAUAAGCCUAAGCCAAAAUUACUUAUUUCCGAUUUACAUGCAGAAGCAUUUCAAAAACAUUUUGAUUCUCAAAUAUUUCAUUAUGGAAAACAAGUUAUAGUCAAUCUUAUAGAUCAUGUCGGAGCUGAAGAGUUAUUAGAAAAAGCUUACAAGCACCACUGUCAAACGCUAGGAAAUGCUAAUGUGAGGUAUGAGGGUUUUGAUUUUCAUCAUGAAUGCCGAAAAAUGCGUUAUGACCGUUUGUCAAUUUUAAUCGAUCGAUUGGCUCACGAACAAGAUGAAUUUGGAUAUUUUUUAAUAAACAAUGAUGGUAUGGUUAUUUCAGAACAGGAAGGAAUAUUUAGAACAAAUUGUAUUGAUUGUUUGGAUCGUACAAACGUUGUACAAAGUUUAUUGGCCGAAAGAAGUUUGACGUUAAUUUUACAGAAAUUGAAUAUUUUGAAACCGGAUCAAACUAUUCGCAGUCAGACGGGAUUUGAAAAACGUUUUAAAAAUGUUUGGGCUGAUAAUGCUGAUGCCAUAAGUAUCCAGUACAGUGGAACUCCAGCUCUUAAAACUGAUUUUACCAGAACUGGAAAGAGAACUCGUUUGGGUAUUAUUAAGGACGGUGUUAAUUCUUUAACUAGGUAUUACAAGAACAAUUUUGCUGAUGGUUUUCGCCAGGAUGCAAUUGAUUUAUUUGUCGGUAACUAUUGUAUACUUGAUGGAGAAGGUACAACGAGAAUAUGUCCCUUGAAAAAAGAAAAAGGAUGGAAAUAUUUUACUUUUCCAAUAGUUUUCUUUGUUGCUGUCUCUAUGUUUUGCGCCAAUGUAAUUUCCCCUGCUGAAUAUUCCACCGAAACCCUUUUGUAUUUGUUAUUUUGGGGUUCUAUGAUUGCAGGAACUGUAACAACCAUUUUUAAUUACGUAUUUAAGGAACUGUGUAAAGAAAAAGUUAUUAAGGAAUUGGUAGUUACAAAAAAUACAUUUAAUUUAAAAAAAAAAUUAUAUAAAUUUAAUUGGUUUUCCAUUGUUAAAUAUUUAUAUAAAUAUAGGUAUUGCGAACCAUAG